AUGCUCCCUGGGUCGGGUCAGGCUUCAAAUACUCCUCCUCCCCACCUCUCGUCCACCACCAACAUCUCUGAGCUCGAGCUCGACACAUUUCCGUCCUCCUCCUCCCCAACCCGUGCACAGCAAGAUGCUGCUGCGUCAGAUGAAUUGGAGCCCCAGACUGAUCCGGGCACUCCUCACCAACCUCACCGAACCCUCGAGACCGCUGCCGCCUCGACGGUGACACCCCCCAGCUCCCGCUCGAUCCAGAAGCACCGUGGACUGGUCUCCCGUGUCUGGGAUGCCAUCAUGUCUCGAGGUUUGCUUCUUAUACGCUCUUCCCCGGCCCUGGGCACCGGUUCAUAUGGCACGGUGCCGUUGGUGAAUGACAGGGUGGACUCAGACUCGGAAUCCGAAGACGAGGAGGAUUCUCACUACCAAAGCGUCUCGAGAAAGCGCCGUGGCAAAAGAGUUCAGUCGGCUCAUGACCUGAGGGAUGAUCAUGGAAGCUUCUCAGAUGCGCGACUCCUUUACCAACAGCGUCGCAGCUCAGAAUGGACGCAUCGGAGAUCUUCCUCUGUCGGCAGUGAAGUCGGAAUGGGCCUGGAUGCCAAAGCAUCUUUCGCCUGCAACUCUGCGAUUGGCGAGGGUAAGGCAGAGUCUUCCAAUUCGAGUGGCCGUACUGCGAGUUCGUCAGACAUGGAUCAAGAAUACAUCCCAUCUACAGAAGAUCCACCUGACAACUCUCCAUACCCAGAGGUGCGAGCUUCGGUGCCGGCCACCGACAAUACUGCUUUGUCUAUCAACACCCCUCGAAUGUGGACGCUGUCGUUGCUAUUUGCAAUAGGCGGCUCCGCCACCAACCUGUUUUUCUCAUUGAGGUACCCGAGUGUCGCCAUCACUCCGGUUAUUGCUCUGGUGUUAGUUCAUCCCAUGGGAAAACUAUGGGAUUAUCUUCUCAAGCGCACAAAGGACCAGCAACAGUUCUUUGUAAAUGGCACGCUCCAGAACGAUGAUAUUCCAACAUCCCAGAACCGACUUCGACGCCUGCGAUUAUGGUUGGCGCAGGGCCGCUGGAAUGAAAAGGAACACGCUUGCGUGUACAUUAGCAGCAACGUCUCGUUCGGUUUUGCCUUUGCUACCGAUGUCAUCGUUGAGCAGCACAAAUUCUACAAGCAGGAUGUUCCCAUUCUGUAUCAACUCCUAUUAACCAUCUCAACCCAAAUUCUUGGGUAUGCGUUCGCUGGAUUGACCAGAAGGUACCUCGUCCGGCCAGCUGCGAUGAUAUGGCCCGGCACUCUUAUGUCGACGGCCAUGUUCACGACAAUGCAUAAGGACGAAAACAAGCCAGCCAACGGAUGGACGAUCUCACGAUACAGAUUCUUCAUUUACGUCUGGGGUGCAGCGUUUGUGUGGUAUUUCUUUCCAGGACUGCUAAUGCCAGCAUUGAGUUACUUCAAUGUCAUCACCUGGUUCGCACCCAAGAAUGUGGUCGUCUCAAACCUUUUUGGAGUGGCUUCAGGACUGGGGCUCUUCCCUAUGACCUUCGAUUGGGCUCAAAUUGCCUACAUUGGAUCGCCUUUGCUGACUCCCUGGUGGGCUGCAGCGAAUGUUGUUGGUGGACUUAUCCUCGUCAUGUGGAUUAUCGCCCCUAUACUUUACUACCGCAAUGUCCUGUUCUCGGCAUAUUUACCAAUACUCUCAUCGGCCGUAUUCGACAACACGGGCAAGCCCUACGAUGUGAGCAAAAUCCUCACUCCCAACUUCCUCUUCGACAAAGAAGCCUACAACAGCUACUCCAAAGUAUACCUUCCAAUCACCUAUGUACUCUCCUAUGGAGUUCAAUUCGCUGCUCUAUCUGCUUUACUUACCCAUACAACCUGCUGGCACGGCCGAGAUAUAUGGCGGCAGUCCCAACAAGCGUUCCGUGAGAGACAGGAAAAGAGCAGUGCCGAGUACCACCCUAUUCCGGACACUGCCGAUAACGGCGGCUACGACGCCCCUCUGCACAGGGUCGACAGUCAAUCUAUCAAGGCCGGAGGGGAAGACGUCCACAACCGUCUCAUGAAACGUUAUCAAGAUGUACCUAUGACAUGGUAUGCUCUGACGUUCGUCACCAUGUUGGGCGUCGGGAUCUUCGUUGUCGAAUACUAUCCGGUGCAUCUCCCCUGGUACGGCCUUCUGAUGGCCCUCGGCAUCACCACCGUUCUCUUUAUCCCCGUCGGUAUUGUCAUGGCCAUCACCAACCAACACAGUAGCCUCUAUUUAAUUUGCCAGUUGAUCUGUGGUGUGGUCUUUCCAGGCCGACCGGUCGCCAACAUGGUGUUCGUUACCUAUUGCUACAUUUCUUCCGCACAAGGGAUCAAGUUCUCCUCCGACCUGAAACUGGGUCACUAUAUGAAGAUUCCACCAAGACUGCUCUUCAAAGUCCAGAUGGUGGCUACCUUGGUUUCCAGCUUGGUACAAAUCACGGUGCUCAACUGGAUGUUUAUCAAUAUCCCUGGUAUUUGUACCCCGCAAGCAAUCAAUGGAUUCAACUGUCCCAUUGCCCGUGUUCACUUCAACGGGAGCAUUCUUUGGGGCGUCGUCGGACCACAGCGCUUCUUCGGUCCUGGUGCGCUCUACCGGCACCUUGUCUGGGCUUUCCUCAUCGGCUUCAUCGCGCCGAUACUUGUUUGGUUAGUGGGAAGGAAGAGCGGGAAGAAAUCUGUCUGGCGCAGGAUCAACCCCCCCGUCCUGUUUGGCUCUCUUUCCUGGAUUCCGCCUGCAACCGGCUUGAACUUUUCGGUGUGGGCCGUGGUAUGUUUCAUGUUCAACGGACUUGUGAGAAGGAGGGCACCGAACUGGUGGGGUAAAUACACCAUGACCAUGUCCGCUGCACUCGAUUCCGGGCUGGCCUUCUCAUUGCUUAUUGUCUUUUUUGGCUUCGUGUAUCCGGGUUGGAUGGAAGGGUUUAAGUGGUGGGGCACAGAGGUCUACAAGAUGGGAUGCGACUGGCAGGCGUGUCCGUGGUUAAAGCUGAAGCCUGGAGAGAAAUUCGGGCCGUGA